AUGGCCUACACUUGGGAUAACAGAGUUAAUUUUGUCGUUAAAUAUUUAUACGAUGUGGAUAACAAUGGGUAUUUGGACGAACGGGAUUUCGCCUGUUUGGCCUUAAGGGCGGCCAUUAUCGAGGGGAAAGGGGAGUUUAGUUAUAAUAGGUUGCAAGAACAUCAACACAUCAUGUUGAGUUUGUGGGAGGAGAUCGCUGAAUUGGCCGAUUUUGAUAAGGACCUUUUGCAGGACGGAAAAAUAACAGUGGACGAAUUCAAAAUGGCCGUGCAACAGUGCUGUUUCAGCAGAAGAUACGAAGAUUUUCCGCAAGCUAUGAAGAUGUUUAUUGACUCUAACUUCAAAAUGCUCGAUUUAAACGACGACGGUGUGGUCGAUGCCGACGAAUAUCGCUUCAACUGCAUCACGAAGUUCGCUAUUGAUGACGUGGACAUCGUAGACGAAGCCUUCAAUAACCUCCUCAACGAUGAUGACAGAAGAAGAGGGGGUUUAACUUUGUCAAGAUAUCAAGAAUUAUACGCGGAAUUUCUUGGCAACCCCGAAGAGACCCCUGCGGUCUACCUUUUCGGCCCCCUCUCCGAAUUUUUCUACCCCGAGGAAGUUUAA